AUGGACCCCUCACUGCCUCCCACCCAACAGCUCGACACACGACUCACUUUUAGUGCGGGGCAGUUUUUCCGUUGCAUCGCACCGCCUUCUCUGCCCAAAAUCUCCAGUGACUCAGGCCGAUCUGGUCACCGCGUCGCCAAUUCCAUAAGACAAGACCCCCCACGAAUCCACGAGACGAACCUGCGAUCUGCAGUGAAUCCCGCAAAGAUGGCCGACGCUCCCGCCCCCGUUGAGCAGUCCAAGAGCGCCUUGAAGAAGGCCGAGAAGCAGGCAAAGAUGGCCGCCGAAAAGGCUGCAAAGGCUGCCAAGCAAGCUGCCCUCCCCGUUGUCGGCGGCAAGAAGACGGCAGACAUCACGGGAAUCACCGUCAAGAAGCAUGAGGACUUCUCUGCCUGGUACCAGGAGAUCGUUCUCAAGGCCGAGAUGGUCGAAUAUUACAAUGAGAUUUCCGGCUUCUUCAUCUUGCGCCCCGCUUCCAUGUACAUCUGGACCGUUAUUCGCAAGUGGUUCUCUGAGAGAAUCGAGGCUAUGGGUGUCGACGAGACCAGCUUCCCCAUGUUCCUUUCCUCCAAGUCGCUCGAGAAGGAGAAGGAUCACGUCGAGGGUUUCGCCCCUGAAUUGGCCUGGGUCACCAAGGCCGGUGACAAGGACCUCGAGGUUCCCGUCGCGGUUCGUCCCACCUCCGAGGCCGUCAUGUACCCUUACUACUCCAAGUGGAUUCGCAGCCAUCGCGAUCUCCCCUUCCGCCUGAACCAGUGGAACUCCGUCGUCCGUUGGGAGGCCAAGCAGACAACCCCCUUCCUCCGCACAAGAGAAUUUUUGUGGCAAGAGGGCCACACCGCUCAUCUGACCGAGGAGCUGGCCGGCAAGGAGGUUCUUGAGAUUCUCGAGCUCUACGCCGGUGUCUACGAACAGCUGCUCGCCGUCCCCGUCGUUCGCGGCACCAAGACCGAGAACGAGAAGUUCGCUGGUGGUUACUACACCACCACCGUCGAGGGCUACAUUCCCUCCAACGGCCGUGGUAUCCAGGGUGCCACCUCCCACUGCCUGGGUCAGAACUUCUCCAAGAUGUUCGACAUCACAGUGGAGAACCCCGACAAGAAGGGCGAGAAGAUUCACGUCUGGCAGAACUCCUGGGGUCUCUCUACCCGUGUCAUCGGUGUCAUGGUCAUGAUCCACGGUGACGAUAAGGGUCUUGUCCUCCCCCCUCGUAUCGCCAAGGUCCAGGUUGUCCUCAUCGCCGUCGGUAUCACUGCCAAGACCAGCCCCGAGGACAGAAAGAACUUGGAGGAUAAGGUCGACGACCUCCGCAACGAGCUGCGAAAGGCCGGUGUCCGUGCCGAGUCCGACCUGAGAGACGGCUACACGCCCGCCUGGAAGUUCAACGAGUGGGAGCUCCGUGGUGUUCCCCUGAGACUCGAGUUCGGUCCCAAGGACGCCGCCAAGGAGGUCGUCGCCACUGCCCGCCGUGACACGGGCGAGAAGAGCUCCGUUCCCCUGGCCGAGCUCUCCACCAAGAUCCCCGAGCUUCUCGAGACCAUCCAGUCCGACAUGUACAGCAAGGCCGAGAAGUCUUUCCGCGAGCACCGUCUCGUCCUGACCGAGUGGGACAAGGUCAUCCCCGCCCUCGACGCCAAGAACGUUGUCCUUAUCCCCUUCUGCCUGGGCAUGAAGUGCGAAGACCGCAUCAAGGAGCUCACCACCAGCGAGCCUCCCGAGAACGCGAGCCUCCCUGAGGGUAAGAAGCAGCCCAGCAUGGGCAUGAAGUCCCUCUGCAUUCCCUUUGAGCAGCCCGAGGGCCUCGUCGCCGGCGAGACCAAGUGCCUGAACCCCGAGUGCGAGGCCAAGGCCCAGAAGUGGGUCAUGUUCGGCCGCAGCUACUAG